UGGUUGUGACUGCAUUUGUUUUUAUUUACGCUCUUUAAAGGUAUUAUUUUAAAUUAAAACAGCAACUGCGAGUACAACUGCAAAGCUGAAACAUGCAGCAUUGGCAAAUUGCUGUGCUGGCCAUCUGCGCUUUUUAUCUCUGCAGCCAAGUUAACUUUGUGGAGGGCCUGGAGUGUUAUGUGUGCUCCAACCAGACGGGCAACACGGAAAAAUGCCUAAAUACGAUAAAAACCUGCGAGUCGUAUGAAAACACCUGUGGCACAGAGAUACGCUGGGGCAGCCAACCUUAUUUUUCCGAGGGUGCACUUAAGCAAUACUACGUAUCAAAGCGUUGCAUGACCAAGGAGCAAUGCCAGUCCAAACGAAAACGCUAUAUGCAGCUGUACUGCACGCACAUUUGGUACGAGGAUUGGGCAUGCAAUGAAUGCUGCCAGGGCGAUCGCUGCAACUAUUUUGUGAUUAGUGGCGCUACAACUCAGCGGAAAGGUAUGUUCGCUUUACUCAGCGUGCUGCUGGCCAUGGGAGUGAUGUUCAGACAGCUGAUAAAGCAGUAAAAGAAGCUCAAUUCAUAAUUUAACGCACAUUCCAAACGAAGCUAAGUUCAAAAGUAGUUUGUAAACAAUUUUUAAAUGUUGUAUACCGUUUGUGCCGUCCAUUUAAACCUUGCAUGUAGUUUGAUACCGUCCAUGUGCCUUUUUGCAAUUUAAAUUAAUGUUUCUCAUGCUCGAAUAUUUUGUAGUGGGCUUUAGCUCAAUAACUCAAUAAACACAUA